UAACGAUUCGAUAGCGCCGGUUGUGUUUUAUCUCAAAAAAAAAAAAUUAAUAAAAAAUAAAUGUAAUAAAUAUUACAAUAACAGGGAAAAUAAAAAAAUUAAAAAAAUUAAUAACUUAAAAAAAAGUUUUAAACCAUAAAGAAAAUAACCGUUAAUAUUGCUAAUUAAAAGCUUCCCCAAAAACUGUACUUACGUUUUGCAAAUUAUUAAAUAAUCAUAAACUACAACAAUUUAUAAGAACAACAAUUAUUCACUAAAAAAUAACUAAACUACAAUUUAAUUGAAUUUGAUCUUUUAAAUUUUCCAUUUUUAUAAUUUUUUUAUUUGUUCGUUGCCCAUUACCACAAACCACAAGCCAAUCAAAAUCAAACAAAAAGGAAAAAUCAUUAAAUAAAUAUUAACUUAAAAUCAAUUGUCAACCUAGCUGUCAUUUAAUUAAAUUUAAUACUACAACAAAAACUAUCAGCAGCAGCAGCAUCGUUUGAUAUUCAAAUUUAAACUCCCAACUCGUCAUCAGUCAUUAUUUCAAUUGAAAAACAAAAACAAAACAAAAUUAAGAAGUUUUGAAGUCAGAGAACCAACUCGCUAAGAGUAAAGAAAGGGUUGACAACAUGGAGUUGGAGUGCGAUUUAAGUAAAAUAAAUAAUGAAGAAUUGCUAAGAAAAAUGUGGCAGCAAUCUGAAGACGCUGGUCGUAAAAAAGAGAUACGUUCGCAAUUGUACAAGUUACGUGAAACGCGUUUAAGAGAUCUAUAUCAGGGCGAUAUAAUGGCUGAUAAUAGCGGUUUUGGUAAAGAUCCUUUGGCCACCAGUCAUGGUGAUGCUUUGGCCGAUCAAAGUUUCCAGAGUUUGAAAUCUAAGGAAAUAAGAGAUUCCUUGUCGCCCACUGAAAUGAAAUUUCAAUCGAUGGCUCUUAAUAAUCCCAAUACCACGGGCUGGAAUGUUCAAUCCUCGAAGGAAGUAAGUCCAGAUGGUAGAGGUUUUAGGGCUGAAACUGUUGCCACCACGGAUGGUGUGGAAAGCAUUAACGGUGGCAUAGCCGAGUUUAAGGGACGUAAUGAACAACGUUCUAGUGCUCAUCAUCAGGGUGACGAUAAGAAUUUCGUUAAGAAGGCCAUGGAAAGUUCCAAUUCUCAUUUGCAAGAGAAAGUUGUAAUAGGAGAUGAAAAUUCAGGACGCACUGAGGUGCGUACUAGUUCUUCCAAAUCCACUACAUCUUCCCAGGUAUUUCAAUCAUCCUCAAAUGUGGAAUAUGAUGAUGGUUUUCCCGGACAUCAAGCACAACCGCAAAAAUAUCUAAUGGACUCUAAUCGCCCUUAUCAGCACGAUGUCCAACAGCAGCAUCAGCUAGAACAACAACGUUUGCUUGAAGAACAACACCGUUAUGAGCAACAAUUCCAACAGCAACAUCAACAACAUGUAAAUCAGCAAGAACGUCGUACUACUGAACAAUUGUCGACUACACGUCAGAAUACGGAACAGAAAAACACUUCGCAAAAUGUUCAAACUCAAGAGACGCACGAACAGAAUAAACGUUAUGUUGACAUGGAUAAGGCCUCACCCGAAUAUCAACAACAUGUGCAAUAUCUUAUGCAACAGCCUGGUGAAAUCAUCUCGAAUACUGUGGAAUAUCCCAAACCUAAUGUCAAGAUGAUCACGACGGUGAAACGUUUACCUGACGGUACUAUCGUACGCAAUAAACGUUACGAGACCGAAGAGUUGAAUCCAACUACUCCAUCGACUCGCACCACAACGACUACAACAAAUCAAACCCAACCUAGACGUGAUAGCCAACAGCAACCUUCACGCAAUUAUCAACCGGAUUCGGCACCCCACUCCCGACCCAGUCAGGAUAUGGUGGAUAGUAGCAAUACCACUCGCUAUGUUCAAGACACUCAUACGGAUGAUGUGGAAACGAAAUUUUCCUCCAUCAAAAAGUCCAGUCAUAAAUUCAACACUGAAAGUACUUCGGAAACCAUCCAAGAAUUUGAUGAUCGUUAUCCCCAGGGAGAACCCUCAAAUCGUCCAAAACAUGUAACCAAUGACUUCAGUACUCAUGGUUUCCCUUCGGUCAGAUCCAAUAAGCCUACACAGGAAUAUCCUAAUGAACGUCCUCACACUGAGCGUCCUACACAAGGUUUUCCCUCCCAAGGAACACCUGCAAAGCUAACUGAUGCCAUGGUACCCCAUUAUCCCGAUGCUACUGACAACAUUACGGAACGUCGUGUGACCACUAAAGAUGGUGAAGUGAUUAUUGUUAGCUCUGAAAAGAAACGUAACUACAAAACAUCCAGCAACACCGAACGUAUAGUGGAAACCGAACAUGUUAUACGUGAUGAUCAUCCCUAUCAACAGAUACCAGACAAGAGUCAGGAUUUUACAACUCAUGGCUUUCCCUCGGCCAGAGAACCAGCCGGUCAGCAGCCAAAAAACUAUCCCAAUGAUAGACAAAUGCAACCUCAUGAGCAGGAUUUUCCCUUGGAUAAAUUUUCACCCGGCCCUCGAAUAGUAAAACAUCGUUCUUCGCCCCAUGGUGAUGACGAUGUUGUAGUGGUGAGUUCCCAAAAGUCUCGCACCGCUAAGCACAACACCAACACCGAACGUAUUAUAGAACAUGAGAUAAUCAGAGAUGAUCAGCCGGUUGGUUAUCCACGCAUACAACCUAAUGCGGAUAAUAGUCCUUACAACUAUACAGUGACCACACCAGGUACUCCUCAGCCCGAAUUUCCAGGUACACCUAGAAAGCCUAACAAUGGAGAUUAUUCCACUCAAGGAUUUCCUUCGGUAAGAAAACCGGGACAGGCUGCCCCAGGCGAGCGUGAACCUUAUGGUGAUUACCCAGCAGGAGCUCCAAAAACGCCAAGUAAUGAUUAUUCUACACAAGGAUUUCCUUCUGUAAAAUCACCCAGUAGACCACCUGCUGGUUUACCCUCAAAUCACAAUCAACACCCUGGCCUAUCGAGGGGAUCACCAAGUCAGGAACAUCCUACCCAGGGAUUUCCUUCAGUAAGAACACCUACAAAAGCUACACCUACUCAGGGCUAUCCCUCUAAUGUUGAUACUGGUAGACCCAAUGGAACUGCUGAGCAACCUAGAGCAACACCAACUUCUAAAACACAACCUAGGACUCCUUCUCCCAAUAAAUAUAAAACCCCCAACAACACUGUACGCGAAACCACUGAACGUGUUAUAAGAAAAGAGAAAGAGGUAGAUUCUGCUCAUCGUGCCUUUGCUGCUUCUUUGCGCAGCUCUUCACCGAUUGACCAUGUUAGAAGGGAUAGUUAUACAACCGAUUCUCAUACCAGACAUACACCACGUUCCAGUGUUUCUUCCACUAGAACUUUUAAACGUGAUAUGCGCGAAGGUUCUCAUGACAGUGCACCCUCGGAAACAAGCCGUAUAAGUACUACCACCAUAACUCGCAACACUCCACCACGCACGGUAGGCGGUAGAACUGUAGUAACCAAAGUGGUUACCACUAAAACAAAUCAGGGUUCCAAUGAUACUCUCAAUGUGACUUCGCCACGUGCCACUAAGUCUCCCUCACCCGGUAAGACCGUUACCACCACAACAACUACUAGGACUAUGACUUCGAAAGAUGUGCCAAAAGUCACAGAAAAAUCACCAACAAAAAAACCCCAACCACCAGCACCCCGUAGUAGAAGUAGUACACCUUCAUACAAUAGUAGAAAACCACCAACAUCUGUGAUGACGGAUGAUUAUGAUGAUGCUGAUAUAUUAAAGCCAACAUCACCAUUAUCACCAUCAUCCAGAUCUAGAACACCCCAAAAAAUUGGCCCUAAUGAUAAUGACAAACCACAAGACGAUUGGCAAAAGCCCUCUCAGCCUGAUAACGAUGAGCGUAGAACUGUGAAUAGAGAAACAACAUUUGAAAAAGAUGACAACGUGCCCCAACAACCACGUAAACCCAACUAUGAACAGCCCAAUGUUGAAUGGGUUAUAGUUGAUGAUGUCGACGACUAUGAUCAUGAUGAUGACGAUAAUGAUAGUUUUGCUCCCGAAGUAGUUGAUUCUAAAUUGAAUGUUAAGAAAACCACUACAAAAUUAAUAACACAAGAAAAACAAAUUUCCUUAGCUCCGCAAAGAAAACCAAAAUCCACCACUACCACUACUGUUAUUACCAAACAAUCACAUAUUCUGCCAUCGAAAACUCAAGCCAAACCAAACGACAGAACUCCUUUAAAAAACAAACCAUUGGAUUCGAGAACUCCUCAAGCAGCAAGACCUCAAAAACCUUUAACAGAAUCUAAAAGUCCAGCCUCCAGAACUCCCUUAAAAACUCAACCUAAAGUUGUGGACAAUAAACAAAUACCAAAAGCACCCAAAUCUUCAGUACCCUCAUAUACUUCUCCUCUUAGAAGGCCGGUACCCAAGACUACUACUGAAGAAACAAGAUUGAGAAAGAAUCUGAAAACUUCGCAGGUAAUAAUGGAGAAAACUAAUAAACUUAUAGAAGCGGAAAAGCUUAAACGUAAACCUCAAAGUCCAGAACGUAAACUAAAAUCACAGACACCCGGUUAUAAAGUAACGGUUACAGAGGUUACACAAAAACCUAACGCACCAGGAUUUCCUGGCAGAAAACCACAGAGUACUGAUGAAGAACCCAUUCAAAGUAUUCCUUAUGAAACUGAUGAUGAACCUAUUUCAGGCAGACCUAGCUAUAGAAAACCUCAAGGUAUUGAUAAUGAACCUGGUUAUGAAAGACCUUCGGAUACUGAUGAUGAACCUCAUCAAGGUUUACCACAUUAUAAGCAGCCUUAUGGUACCGAGGAGGAACCAAAUCAAUAUAUUCCCGGUUAUGGAAAGCCUCGGCAAACUGGUGAAGAACCUGAACAAAGCUCUCCUAGUUUCAGAAAGCCUAAUGAUGGUGUUAAUGAACCUUGUCUAAGUGCUCCAGGUUACGAUCAACCUAUAUAUGAAACUCCUGGCUAUAGAAAGCCUCAGGGAACUGAAGGUGAACCUAAUCAAGCAACUCCUGGUUUCAGAAAGCCUCAAAAUAUUUACGAAGAACCCAAUCAAACUACAGCUGGCUAUAAAAAGCCUCAGGAACCUGUUGAUAAACUAAAUCAAGGGUCUCCCGGUUUUAGAAAACCUCAAGAAACUGUAGAAGAACCCAAGAAAGGAUCUCCUGCUCUCAGGAAGCCUCCAUCACCAGGUUUCAAACGGCUACAAGAUACAUUUGAUGAACGUUCUCCGGAUUAUAAAAAACCCGUAAAUUUUGAUGAUGAACCCAAUCAAGGUUCUCCUAGUUUCGGAAAGCCUCAAGGCCCUAACGAUGAACCGCGUUAUCAUGUUCCUGGCUUUACAAAGCCCCAAGGUGAUGACAACGAACCCAAUAGACCUAGUUACGACAAACCCCAACAAAUUGUGGAAGAACAAAUAACUAUUACAGAAACUUCGGAAGAAAGAUAUCCAGAAGGGAAUGCACCCAAGCGUCCAGGUAACAAACCAAAUCAAUACAGUCCCGAAUUUUAUAAGCCUAGAGAUACUGAUAAAUUCCCUCAACAAGGAAAACCAUUUGUUUUGAAUCCUCAAGAUGAUGAUUAUGAACCUGGCAAACGUACUCCUUAUGAUACCGAUGAACAACCCCAUCGAGGUUCAAGAAAGCCUCAAGAUAUAGAUGAUGAACCGGGUCAUAGAAAACCUAAUGAACAGGAGCCCGGUUUUAAACAGUCUCUAUAUAAUGACAAGGAACCAAAUCAAGGUACUCCUACUUUUAGAAAGCCUUUUGACACUGAACCUAAGGAUGGUUUGCCAGAUUACCUGACUCCUCAACAGGUUACCGAAGAGGAAAUAAUUAUUACAGAAACAUCUCAAAAAACCUAUCCUGGUAAAGAAUCACCUCAAAGACCUGUGAGGAAACCAGGACAACCUGGAUCUAGAAAACCUUAUGACUUGGAUGAUGAACCAAAUAAUGGAAAACCUCAUACACCUGAUUAUGUAAUGCCAGAGGAAAAACCUGGCUACAGAAAGCAACCACAUAAACCAGUAACUAAACCAGGUGAUAAACCUUUGGAAACUGAUGAAGAUGAAUGUAUUACAGAAAGUACUACAACUUCACAAAGAACCGUGGCUAAGCAUAUACAGAAAUUUGAAACAAAUUUGAAUAAGAAAUCUCCUAAACCACCAACCCGGACUAAAUCUCCUACAAAAAAAGAAUUACCACAAAUUCCAAAAAGGACAACUAAAAGUCCACUUAAAGAAACUUCGCCUACACUACCAGACAUAAAACCUAAAGUGGAAAAACCUCGUUUAGAUAAACCUUUUGAAACAGAUGAAGAUGAAACAUUAGUAGAGACUGGUGAGUAUCACAUAAACUCUACCCAAAAACGAAUCGUUUCUGAAAGACAAAUUUUGGAAGAAGAAACCACAUAUCCUGAAAAACAACCUAAGAAACCAACAAGAGAAGUUUCUCCUACAGGUAGUCAAAGAAAACCAGGUCAAAAAGUAAUAGAAGAACCAAUUGAUAAACAUCCUAAAACUCCUAAACAUGUUUCGCCCACAAGAACACCUCAUAAGCCUUUGGAUAAAAGUUACGAAACUUCUUUGAGAACCACACAAGUGGUAACCUCACACGAAAUUAUUAAAGAGCAUCCUGAUCAAAAGACCCCAAGAGGAAUUUCACCAACACGAAUCAUAAAGAAACCCGAGGAACCCUCUAGUAAGAGACCAUUAUCUCCAAAUAAAAAUGUUUCCCCCACUCGUUUGCAAAAGCAACCAGAACAAAAAUCUCCAACAAAACCUACAGAUGGAAGACCUAAAUCUCCUAGCAAACAUCUUUCUUCUACAAGAUUACAAAAGAAACCUCUUGAAAAAACUCCCUUAGAUGAUGAUCUAUAUACAACAACUUUGCAAACAACAAAAAUUGUAAGAGAUAAAAUAACUAAAGAUGUAGAAGAUGAUGAGGAAUAUCCAGAGAGAAGACCUAAAUAUGAUAAGCCAAGAGAUACAGAUGAUGAUGAGACCUUAAUAAAAACUUCUGAAUUUAUUACUAACUCUACACAAAAGCGUGUUGUAAGUGAUAAGCAAAUCAUUACUACAGAAGAGUCACUGCAUCCUGGUAGAAAGGCUCCUCACAUUCCUGCACAAAGGAAACCUGGUCAAAAAUUACCCGAAGAGCCUUCUAACAGAAGAACACCAUCUCCUACCAAAACUGUUUCUCCUACACAAAAGAAGCCCCAUCAAACAAUUCCCGUUGAUGAUCAAACAUUAAGAAAAACUUUGCGUACUACAGAAAAGGUAACCGAAAAACUCACGAAAAAAGUGGAGGGAAAGAAAUACCCAGAAGAGGAAUAUCCAUCUAAGAAAGGUGACAAGCCAGAGAAAACAAAACCAAAAGAAGGUAAACCAUAUCCAGACCAACCUUCAGACACUGAGGAAGAUGAAACUGUUACUGAAACUUGUGAGUUUAUAACCAAUUCCACAAAUAAACGUGUAAUUAGCGAGCAACAUAUUCAUGAGUUUGAAGAGCCUAAAUACCCUGAUAACAAAUCGCCAACAAGAGUAUCUCAAUAUCCAACAAAAGAAGUUUCUCCCACUCGAAAGCAACCAGGACAACAACAACCAGAAGAGAAAUUUAAAGAACCCACUGGCAGAAGACCUCAAUCUCCAAACAAACAUGUUUCUUCUACAAGAACUCAGAAGAAACCAAACGAAAUGACACCUCUGGAUGACGAAGAGACUUUUACAACAUCUUAUACAAGCACAAAAAUUGUAAAGGAAAGCCUUAUGGAUAAGGAAUAUCCGAAAGAGAAAUUUCCUUAUAAGAAAUAUGACAAGCCAGACAAAAACAAACCCAAACAAGGUAAAUCAUAUCCAGACCGACCUUCAGACACUGAAGAAGAUGAAAUUGUUACUGAAACUAGAGAGUUUGUCACUAAGUCGACAAAUAAACGUGUAGUUCAAGAGUUGGAAGAAUAUACUGAAAACAAAUCGCCUAAAUAUCCUACAAAAGUUUCGCAGUCUCCAACAAGAGGAGUUUCUCCCACCCGCAAACAGCCUGGUAAGCAACAGCCAGAAUCUACAGGUAGAAGGCCUCAAUCUCCUAAUAAACAUGUUUCUCCUACCAGAACUCAAAAGAAACCAAAUGAAAAGACUCCUGUGGAUGAUGAUGAAACGUUUAUAACCUCGCUUACAACCACAAAAAUGGUAAAGGGAACAAUUACUACAGACACUGAUGGUAAUGAAUAUUUACCUAAAGGUCGAAAACCUCAGUCGGAUAGACCUAUAGAUGAUGACGAAAACCUUGUGGAAACCAAUGAAUAUGUUAUUAAAUCUACCCAGAAACGUGUUAUUAAUGAAAAACAAAUUUUGGAAAUCGAAGAAUCUCCAGACAAAAAGACCCCUAAACAAAAACCUGAAAAGGAUAGUAAAUCUCCAAUCAGCGGAGUUUCUCCUACACGUACUCCAAAGCGUCCUGGUCAAAAGUUACCCGAAGAACCUGAUCUUAAAGAACCUACUGGCAAAAGGCCUCUAUCACCCACUAAACCAGUCUCACCUACACGUAAUCAAAGGAAACCUGUUGAUGAAACUAAACCUAAGGAUAAACCUUUAGAUACCGAUGAAAGUGAAACAUUCACAAAGACCAGCGAACGUGUAACUAGCUCUAAGACACAUAUGGUAGGAGAAAAAAUAACAUUUGAAUUCGAAAAACCUAAAUCACCAACCAGAGGUGUUUCUCCCACACGUACCCAAAAGAAGCCGGGACAACAACUACCAGAGGAACCCGACUUUAAGGAGCCAACUGGUAAAAGACCACAAUCUCCUACAAGAACUCAAAAGAAACCGGGUCAGCAAACACCAGAAGAACCAACUAAUAAACGUCCUCAAUCUCCUACACGUGUCACAAAGAAACCUACUGAUGAGGACGACACAUUUAAAACUACUUUAAGAACAACAAAAACUGUUACACAGAGAACAACUAAGUAUGUGGAUGAUAAAGAAUAUCCAGAUGAAGAAACUCCAUAUAAAAAAGGUGAUAAACCUAAAGAACGUAAACCUUACUCUGAUAAGCCGUCUGAUACCGAUGAAGAUGAAACAAUUACAGAGUCCAGUGAACACUACAAAAGCUCGAAAACUUGCAAAGUUACUGAAAAUGUCGUAGAGGAAUUUGUAGAACCAAAAUCACCAACGAGAGGUGAUUCUCCAGCACGUAGUCAAAAGAAGCGUGGGCAAAAAAUGCCACAAGAACCCACAAAUAAACGACCUCAAUCUCCUACACGUUCCCAUAAGAAACCUGGACAACAAACCCAGGUAGAACCUAUAGGUAAAAGGCCCCAAUCUCCUACACGAUCGCAAAAGAAACCUGGUCAACAAAUACCCGAAGAACCUACUGAUAAAAGGUCUCAAUCUCCUACACGUUCCCAAAAGAAACCCACUGAUAAGGAUGAUAUGUUUAAAACCACUUUACAAACAACAAAAACUGUAACCACUAAGUAUGAUGAGGGCGAGGAAUACCCAGACCAAAAAACUCCUCACAGGAAAGGCGAAAAACCAGAUACUAAACCUAAUGAACGUAAACCUUACUCUGAAAAACCUUCUGAUACCGAUGAAGAUGAAACAAUAACAGAGACAAGCGAACGUUAUAUAAGCUCGAAAACUUGCAAAAUAACUGAAAGUUUAGUAGAGGACUUCAAAAGGCCUGAAUCACCAACAAGAGGAGUUUCACCCACACUUACUCAACAGAAACCAGGUCAUAAACGACCAGAGGAACCAGAUUUCGAGGAACCCACUGGUAUAAGACCUCAAUCACCUACACGUGCCCAAAAGAAACCUGGUCAACUAACACCCGAAGAACGUACUAGUAAAAGGCCCCAAUCCCCAACACGUUCCCCAAAGAAACCCACUGAUAAGGAUGACAUGUUCACAACCACUUUAAAAACUACAAAAACUGUAGCAACAAAGUAUGUUGAUGACGAGGAAUAUCCAGAUUAUCAAACUCCCAACAGGAGAGAUGAUAAACCAGAUACCAAACCUAAAGAACAUAAACCUUACUCUGACAAACCUUCUGAUACCGAUGAAGAUGAAACAAUAACAGAGACAAGCGAACGUUUUAUUAGCUCGAAAACUUGCAAAAUAACUGAAAGUUUAGUAGAGGAUUUCAAAAGGCCUGAAUCACCAACAAGAGGAGUUUCACCCACACGUACUCAACAGAAACCAGGUCAAAAACAACCAGAUUUCAAGACACCCACUGGUAUAAGACCUCAAUCACCUACACGUGCCCAAAAGAAACCUGGUGAAAAAACACCCGAAGAACCUACUGGUAAAAGACCCCAGUCUCCCACACGUUCCCAAAAGAAACCUACUAAAGAGGAUGAAACCUUUAAAUCGUCAUUAAGAACUACACAAACUGUAACUGAGAAAACAAUGAAAUAUGUCGAUGAUGAGGAAAAUCCAGAGGAAAUAAAAUCAAAACAACGUAAACCCUAUUCGGAUAAACCUUAUGAAACAGAUGAUGAAGAAAUCUAUAUAGAGACAAUUAGGUCAACGACAUCCAAAGUAACUGAGGAAACAACGCCAGAAUAUGAUAGGCCAAAAUCCACAACUAGAGAUGUUUCUCCCACACAAAAAAGACCAGGUCAGAAAUUUCCUCAAGAAUCUGAAUUAGAGGGACCUACUGGUAAAAGACCUCAAUCACCAACACGUAAACAAAAGUUGCCGUAUCAAACAAUGCCUGAAGAAGAGCAAACUUUCACUGAAACUUUGAGAACCACACAAAUUACAAAGGAAAAUGUUACAAAAACUUUUGAAGAUAAAGAAUUUCCCGAACAGGAAAGGCCUAGACAACCAGGUUUUAGGGAACCUAUAGAGAAACGUCCUAAAUCUCCCAAAAAGGACUUAUCGCCUUCUAGGCAUGUAGUAAUAUGCGAUGAUGAUGAUCAGACAUUUAUAAAAACUGUAAGGACUACUAAAACUAUUACAGAAAAAACUACUGAAGAUACUCCCCAUGGAGAAGAACCAAGACAUGCUAAACCUAAAUUCUACAAACCUACAGAAACCGAUGGAGAUAAAGAAUCAGAAACAUUUAUGCAGACUACGGAGUUUGUUAUUAAAACAAAUGAAAAACCAAAAUACCCAGAGGAACCAAUGGAAGAAUAUCCAGGUUUUAAGAAACCAAAAGAUCAACGUUUCAUAAACACCAGUGAAUUUAUACGCAGUGAGAAACAAACUUUAGAAACGGAUAAAGAGCUUUUAUCUUCCAAGGUACCAAAAGGAUCACCGUCAUCACCAACUAAGGAACGUAGCCCUAGUCCUAAAGGCCCUAAAAAUAGUCCAAAAACAGUAACUCCAAAAGAUCGUAAAGAUUCACCAACACGUAGCCCAAGUCCAAAAGGUCCUAAGAGUGGUCCCAAAACUACAACUGUAGAUGACGAAACAUUUAGAAAAACUUUGAGAACCACUGAAAUAGUUACUGAAAAAACUACCAAAACUAAGGAUGGUAAAACAAAACCAAAAGAUCGUAAACCUGGUCAAGUUAGGCCCACAGAUACUGAUGAUGAAGAAACAACCUCAGAAACAGAAGAAUUUUUAAUUGAAACUUGUGAAAAACGUUAUGUUACGGAUAAAAAUGUUACCUCAGAAACUGAAGAACAAAUAUUGUCCACUACUUUGGUUAAAUCCCAGCCACAAAAACCACAGGAGAAGACGGUUAGCAAACCCUUCACUUCCACUUAUGAAGAAACUGUUGAAACUAUUGAAGGUCAAACUUAUCCCGAAGAUAUGGAACAGAAGCCAUAUAAAGCUCCUCUAGAACCCUGGAUAACUAAAGAAGUUCCUAAACGCCCCACCAAGGCCACUGAACAAUUUAUUGAAACAGAACGUUUACGCAAGGAAACGCCAGAUGGAGCAUUUAUUUCAAAAACCACUGAACCUACAUCACCAACUACACCUACCUUUAAGAAAAAAGGUGUUGGACGAAGUGAUACUUUUGAAGAACGUUGUCGUCAAAUUUUAGGCAUGGAUACCUAUGGUGAUACACCCGGAACUUUCAAAAAACAACCCGAUACGGAAGUUGAGCAGGAAAAGACAAUUAUUACAAAAGAUGUUAGAACGAAAGAAGAGGACGAUUUAAAGGCCACAGCCGUAUUUCAGGUUAAAAUUGAAGAUUGUGAUGAAGAUGAUGAACCUUUAUCUAUAAGUAGUGUAAAGAAAACUUUACACAAACAGAUUCAUACAAAGGAACAAAGCGAACCUUUGAAAGAAGAACCUAGGAAACCAACUAAAGAAGAACCACAAUCUACUAAGAAACCUAUAAAAGAAUCUAAAUACCCUAAAGAUGAUGAAAAUGAAUUUGUAGAAACUAUUGCAGAAACAACAACUAUUCAUAGGAAAACUCCAAAAACUAAAUCUAUUGAUACAACAGAACCCGAUUCCUCAGAGCCAGAGAUUGUAGAAGAACAGUUUAUGGUUAUAAACAAAGAAACCAAAAAAUCUGAGGUCAAAAUAACUAAAAAAUCCUCCCCCUCUUCCUCACCACGUUCAGUUUCACCCACUAAGAGUGCGCCUGCUCCCCGUUCACCUCGAAAUGAAUCCCCUUUAAAGGAAACACCAAAACGUAAACCCAGUAAAGAGACAUUGGAAUGUAAAACAAAUAAAACAUCUCCACAAAAACCUGAAAACGAUACUACAACUACCAUUAAGGAACGCUUAAGAUCCUCCACACGUAAAACCAAGUCACCGGGAAAACAAGAUCAAGUAGAUGGCUCCGACUCAUCGCCCGAACGCAGUCCUACUCGCCACACUGAACGCAGAAGAUCUAGCAAUAUUUCCGUUACUACGGAAAUAAUUAUUGAACACACUGAUUCCGAUACUCCAAAUAAAAAGGAAAAAUCUCCAGUUCCUAAAAAAACAAAAGAUUCUGUAUUCAAGGAAAUUAUAGAUUCCACAGUAUUGCCCGAAAAGUUGACACGACGAAUGCCGGUGACGGAACGCAAAGAAUCUGCACCCGUUCAUAGAGUUACCAAUAGAGAUAAGGACUCAAAAAUGUCCCGCUCUACAAGCGAAAACUUAAUUAAGGUUAAAAAACCCGAACCACAAUCGCUUUCACCAAAAACGACACCUAAAACCACGGACCACCGCAGACCUAAUAAAUGUUUUGCCACAAAAAGCAUCAAUUUAAGUGCCACUGAACGUUUGGUUAAUAGUGAGGAUAUGGAAAAUGUUAUCAUUGACAUACAACAUGCUAAGAGUUCACGCGAGCCUUCACCGGAUAAAAUUGUUCCCACACCGGUACCAGCCCAUUUGGAUACUGGCAAGCCUAGGUAUCCCGAUGUAGUGCAAGAACCGGAAGAUGAUCAGCCACGCAGAAAACCACAAGUUAAGAAUAUUCCCAUAUUUGAAGAGGAAAGUAAUGCAUAUGUAGGCUGCCAUAUUACCGAAGUAGAGAAAACUCAUAAAACUACUUAUGAUUCUUUGGAUUAUGAAGAACAAAUCUUAAAUAAUCCAGUAGUAGAGGCUCCUCCUAGUUUGGAUUAUUCCAGUUUAGAUAAACCAACUUAUGAUGAAAGUUUAUUAACAGUACACGAAAAAGUUUCCAAAUUCCAAAAUAUAGCCGAAAGGGUAAGCAAACCUAAGGCCUCUGAACCAUUCCAGAGAGAAUUUGAUGAUGGCAAUCGAGUGCCCCAAGACGAUGAAUGCUUAUUGAUCACCAAGACUAAAUCUCCAAUUGAUUUGGACGACGAAGAUGAAGAAUUUGCCAGAAAUGAACGCAUUUAUACAACCGUUAAAUUAGCUCCUACAGCUCCACAAAAGUCACCCGAGCUAGUACGUACCGUAUCAAGACACAUUUCUCGACAAAAUGAACCCGAAUCCGAAGAACAACCUGAAAAAGUUUAUACCUCAACAAGUCUUAAUGAUGAUUUCGUGGAAUGUUUGGUAAAUAACAAAAAAAUAACUAAGGAAUUUGAGGUGAGUCAUCAUCAACAACUACAGCAGCAGCAAAAAACAAUUGAAACAACAUUAAAAACAGCUGAAAAAUACCAACAACCUAAAGACCAUGAUGACGAUCAUGACGACGACGAUGAUGAGUUAAUACCUCAUACUGCAACACAUUCAACCAUGAUCGAAGAGCGUCGUCAGAAAGACAUUUUGAGCAGACCAUCGGUAUUCGAUAGCAAAAACAAAAAACCCACUAAUACAACAACAACAAUAACGACAUCAAAAACUCCAUUAAAGUGCAACAAGUCACCCGUUAAAGAUUCGGAGAAAUUACGGCCAGACAACAAGUCACGCACAAAGCCAACGUCCGCUGUUACUAAUACAUUAACAGAAACAACGACCACGAUAACAACAACAGCCAACAAACAACCCAAACAAUCGCCUCAACGUAAAAACUCUGACAUUGAUUACGAAUUGCGCGGUAGUGACGUUGAAACGGGAGUAAAAAACAUUAUCUCAAAGCAAACAAAGGUUUACAACAGCAGCAGCGGCAGCACAAAAACUAAUGACUUGAAAAAACAACCAACUACAACGACGAGUAAUAAAAAACCAGAGAAGAAACACAUGCCAGUACGCUUAACACCAGCAAAGAAUACGGACGAAUAUGAUUUGAGUGCGGACAACGACGAAAAAGACCAAGAAAUGAUCAUUACCUGUGAUGAAACAACAAAUAUUGACUUUGAAACACAGGUAGUAAACGAAGAUUUAACUCAAGCAACAAGCAGAAAAAUUCCUUUAACAACCCCGCACAAAAAACAACCAACAUCACACAGUUCUACCAACUCAUCGCCAACAGAUCAGACACUGAAAUCGAAAACAAAAGAGCACGUAGAAAAAUUAACCGAAAGAAAUCCAUUAAAACCUAACACUGUCACUACCACCAGUAUUAAAACAUACGAACUUGUGGAAAGGGCUGAUGAUAUUGAUGAAACUGUUCUAGAGCCAACACAACAAAAGAAACAACCUUCAUCGCAGCAUCCUAGUAAAACUACUAAAAUGUCUACAACUACCACGGAUUCGGUGGCUGCUAGAAGAAGCUUAUUUGAGAGCAACCAUAGCAGUCCCUCAGCAACUCCUACCAAACGUACACCCUUGACCAGUCCCAUGAGCGGUCGUAGACCUUCUUAUAUGGAUCAUACCAAAAGUUCUUUGGAGCAUACCAGAAGAGACUCUUUGGAAAUAAAUAAAACCAAUUAUUCACGCAAACCUUCACACCCCGAAGAAGAAGGCGUAGAUCGUAAUUCAUUGGUCAAAUUUGAUGUGCCUCAGGGCAGACGUGCUACCACACCAAGAGCUACUUCUGUGAGCGAAGAUAUUAAUGUAGAGGAAAUUUUUGAUUUAGAAGUUUUGGAAAGAUUGCUGGAAACGGUGCAGUCUUAUGAAGUCAGACGUAGAAUUAGGGCGCAAAUUAGAUUGAUUAAGAAAAAUCAAAAGAAUGAAUUGAUUAGCAGUACCACUGAAGUUACCACAAAGACCAUUAAGACUAGCAUAAAGGGCAGUGAGGAACCGGAUACCGUGACAGAAGCGAACAUGAAAACUAAGCCUGAAACUAAAACUACAAAACAAACUGUAAGUAAAGAUGCUGCUAGUCAUAUAAGCAGCAGCAAAAAGGAAUACAUAUUCGAGGAGCCUUAUAUGCCAACUACACGAAGAUCUCCUAAGCCCAAUCGUUAUGCAUAUGAGCCGGAAAAGGAGCCCUUGCAUAAGCCAACACGCAGUCAAAGUCCUCAACCUGCCGUGUGCCGUAGAAAUGCUGAACAUGAACGUCAUUAUGAAAGCAGCCAUCAUAGUCCUGAACAUCGCGAACACACCGAAGUGGUAAGGGAGUAUGGUUCACGAACCACCAAACAACAAUAUUACUAUAAGGAUGAAGUGGAGCAAGAGCAGGUGAAAGAGAUAAGACAUGAAACCACACCAAGCCGAAAAUCUCCUUCACCCACUAGAAAACCACAUUCCAUACACUCAUCGCCAGAAAGACGUAAUGCUAGUCCAGAAUCACAUAAGCCCUUAAGAACAAAUGAACGAAGCCGUAGCCCACAAACUAAGGCUCCCCAAUCGACUCGAGUAACUAGCAGUCGUAGUCCCGAUAGUAAAACUUCAUCAUCUACCACGGUGCGAAAAUCUUCAGCUACUUACGAGCAACAGGAGAAAAUUUCUAGCACUAAACCACAAACGAAACGUAUAACCACAACGACUACAACAAUAACAAAAUCUAAACCAGAAGAUAAGACACCCGUUUGGGCAGAUCGUAAAAAUAUACUAAAGGCUCCCAGCAGCACCACCCCAACACCCAAAAAACCCAGCAACUCUACCCUAGACUCUAGAGCGGGUUACACGAAAACCAUAAAAUCUACCACCAGUCAAAAGAUGUCCAGUAAUAAAUCAUCUUUUGUGGAAGAUGAUUGUGUCACCUCUAGUUAUGGCAUAGGACCAACCGAUGAAAAUGGUCUGCCACUCUUUGGCAUCAGGGCAUUGAAAAAGAAAAAGCCCACAGUGGAACCCAGUGAAACAACAGAAGUCACCGGUUAUGUUGUCGAAGAGAAAUACUAUUCGGAUAAUAAAACCAAACCCACUGUAGAGCGUAAGGAAUUUAUCUACUCUACAAAUCCCGAGGAAUUGCAAAAACUUAAGGAUCAAGUGGAAGUGUCUACAAAUAGGAAGGUUUUAAAAGAUGUGGAACUCAAGGAGUCAAGACAAACAGCUUUGAUUUCCAAAGGUUUGCCCGCUGUAAGAUCUAGUCCUGAAGAUGAUUUUCUUGAUUCUACUAGCAAAUAUGUGCGUCGUGGUUCAGUUAAAGAAAUGAGUGAAAAAUUCAUACAGCGAGAGGCUUCCUCAACUGUAACGGAAAAAUCCAAUAAUUAUCCCAAGGCUGGUUUAAUUUUGAGAACUAAUUCACGUAAAAAUAGUCGAGAUGCGGAAAAUGAAAGUGAUAAUUUUGAAUCUUAUAAAACUACACGAGUACAACAACACACCAGUAGCGUUUUGGCCGACUCGGAUGAUGCCGAACACGAAUAUGAAGUCGAGGAAGUAGCUAGUCGCCACUCAGGUCGUUUUAUAACCGAAAGCGAAAGUGAAUGUGAUUCGAUAAAGACUCAAAGGGAAUUUAAAAAAGUAACCUCAACUUCCUCGUCUUCAAUGGCCACGCGUUCCUUCCUCAAUACACAGGGCGAGGAGAAAGUCAUAACAAAUGUUUCCGAUUGUUUGGAACGCAUGCGUAAUGCUGAUAAUGUUGUUGAAGAGGGUGAUACAGCCGAGGAUCAAGAGGCCAGAGCUUUAUUGAAUAAAUUUUUGGGUGCUAGUAUUAUAAUGAAGGGCGUUGAGUCAUCAUUACCGGCCGGUUCGAAUCGUCAAUCGAAAAUUAUAACGACAACAACGACCAGCAGCAAUUUCAGUGAUGAUGAUGAUAAUAAUGAUGGCGAUAAUAAUGCAAAAAACGAGGUAAAAACUACACGUAUAACGAAAACGAUUAAAUCUGGAAGCUCUUCUACACCAGUUACUUAUACAACUUGUGAUAUAGAGGAGAUUUGGGACGAAGAAAUCUUAAAAGAAUUGUUGGAACAGGCUAGAACAUACGAAGAACGUCGUAAAAUACGAUCACGUUUGAGGGAACUUAUGGCUGACCGUGAAGAAACAAAGAAAAGCCCUACUAGCGGCGAUGAAAAAGAAGUAAAAGCAGCAGCUAAUGUUCCUGGAGAAGAGGAGAGUAGUGCCAGCGAAUACGAAGAAAUUAUCGAAGAGGUCACCGAUUAUAGUGAAGCGGAAUCAGAAGUUGAUGAUAAGAAACAAAGCGAUAAACUAAAUAAAGUCGUUGUUGCCGAAAAGACAAAAAAAGAUCAAGAAAAGCCAACUUCGGAAGCUGCUGUAACCAAAACAGCUGAAGAAUCUCUAAGCGUUAUAGAAAAGUUAGAAAUUUCCAGCACUAAACAGGAAACCCAUACAGAGCAGGUUGAGGAAACUACCACUCAAACUACAACCACCAGUAUCACAACUGAAACAGUUGAGGAAGUUGUAGAAGAGGAAUCUUCAGCUGCUAGCAAAAACGACGACGACGAUAAAACCGAUAGCUCUGAAAAGGGUGAGUCCUUAAAGCCCACGGUGCAUGAUAAACAAAAAACGCCACAAACUAUGCCAAGACAAGAGGGCAAUAGCCAUAGCAAUCAGUCAACAACAAACAGCCAAAAACUGAAGUCGGCACAAACAAGUAGCAAUAGUAAAAUCACUGUUAGUGAAAGUAGUAGCAUGCACGCUCCAAACAGUAAUAAUAAUAAAAGUAAUAAAACACAAAAAACAACCUCUACUGCGCCAACAUCCAGUCAAAAUCCAAUUGUGACUGUACAGACUGCAGGCAGGGCAGACUCUACCUCAAUUAGCAAUAAAACCCUUAAUAAGAAUUCUAGUUCUCGCCAAAUGAAUAGCAACAACAACAACAAUAGCAAUACAAGUCCAAAUGUUAAUAAUAAUAACAAUGAUAGUAGUAGUUUAGGUGGUAGCUCAGUAGUCGUAGGUAGUAAUGAUAGUCCCAGACAAGUAGAUAGAUUAGGUGUGCCUCAAAAAGAAGAUUCUGGUACUGAGAGUGGGGAAGAUUUACGCUUAAUAGCGGCUGGUCUGCGUGAUCAAUUGCAAAUCCAAAGCGAUUCGAAUAUUAUAGAAGACGUUACCUGUGCUUUAAGUCGUUUAGAGAAUUCGCUUAAGGAAGGCAAAGAUAUAUCGGUAGAUACUGAAAAACGCAAGGCCCUAUUGGCUUUGGUGGCUCGUUUGCGUGCCGGAUUAACUUCUCCUGAAAAAUUAGCCGAAAUAGCUGCCGCCAUGUCGGAAUUGGACGGCAAUGAGGGUAUCUAUGGCGAAACUUCCUCGCCGGAGGCAGAUGCUCAUCGUUCGAACCGUUCUCGCUUUGCUAAACGCAGAAAUCGUGUAAAUCGACAUACGGUGGGUGUUAGUCGUGAAGAAUUGGCCGAUGCUAGGCGUUAUAUGGAAGAUAUGCAGAUUAUGGGUAGUAUUUCCCAAAGUACUACGCCCGAAGCCAAUAGUGUACCCAACAAUUCUCCGCCUCAGUGGUAUCCAUUAGAGAAAAAUGCCUCUUCGGGAGCAAUAUUAACGCAAUCAUCUACCCCAGUUUUGCAAAGACCAAAACAAUUUGUACCCGAAGAACCUUCAUAUACCAACAGAUUAACGGUUAACAAUGGUAAGCGUCGUCCUCUUUCGGGUGAAUAUUCGGUUACCUUUGAAAAUCCCACAGUUUAUAGACAGCACGAAGAACCCAAGCAAUCACAACAGAUGGUCAAACCAUCCAGUCCACCCGAUGAUAGUUCGAAAUUUUCUAGGUUUACGAAUAAAAAGCAUUUAAUGAAACGUGCCAAUACCAUUGAUUUGGCCAAAACUCACAAAUAUAAUUCAGAAUUUGAUACCGACUCGGAUGCUGAAGACAAGGGUCCUCAUUUGGGUCUAAAACGAGCUGUACAAGUAAGUGUUAAGAAACGUGUACAAAAUGUUGUACCUCCCUUUGAGCCCAAAACCGAAAAUGAUCGCAAAUUUUUGGCCUUUAUUAAUAAGCAAAGUGAUAAGCCUGGUUUAGGUUGGACUACCUCACGUUCUGUUUCAAACUGGACAAAUAAAUUUGGCUCCAUUAAGAGUACUUUUGAGGGUGGGUUAGCCGGUAAGCCGCCACAGGCUCCUCAUCAUGUUUCGUCCUCUGCAAAGCCUCAUCAAUCUAGCAAAUUAUUUAGCCAGCCUAUGGUCAAUAACUCAGCUCCUGCUCCGCCACCAAAUUAUAUAACAAAUCAACAAAUCGCGAUGAGAUUACAACAGGAAGCAGAACGUCAAGCCGAAGAGCGUAGAAGAAAAUUGGAGCGCGAACGUUUUGAAUUUGAGCGUCGUGAACGUGAUAAACAGGAAAGGCAAAGACAACAACGUGAAAUGCAGGAGAGGGAACGCCUUGAGCGUGAACAUUUCGAAAGACAAAGAAGAGAACAAGAUCAGUUAGCUGCUGCUCAACAUGCAGCCAUUUUAAGGGAGCAAGAACAAUUGGCGGCCCAACAAGCUGCUGCCAAUAUGAAUGUACCUAAACCUGUACCCAUCAAUGAAUUCAAACAUGCUCCUCAAUCGGUAUUUAGACCGAUUGAUAAUGUUGACUCUCCCUCAAAGCCUAUUUACAAGCCAAUACCACAAUUACCACGCAACUCAAGUACUUGGCAGUCUCUAAAUACUGCUUCUCCCAGAGGACAAGGCAACAGUUUAACACCCAAUUCACCUAACCAUUAUGGCAAUACCAAACCAGAUAAUUCGUUUAUAACCUCACCACCACCCUCUUCUAGAUCACCAAUAGCUUUACCUUGGGCUUCUAAACCCACAGUGGAUAGCAGCAGUUUCAAAUCAAAGGCUAACCGAUUUGAGGAACGUUCUAAGUAUGACAAUAUCAACAGUGGCGGACCUUUUAUACAACGUCACAAUUCAUUGCGUUCCGCAAAUGGCAAUCAAAUUUCAGAAGAUUUUAGAAAACGUCCAUCACUGCCCAACACUUGUGAUCCAUAUAGUGUUAGGCAAAUGCCACCACAACAAGAUCCUUUGGCUUACUUGCCUCCUCCACAAAACAUUUCAUUUACUUACAGCAAUCUUAAGCCAAAAACCACAUAUCAAAGUUAUCCAUGUCUACCAUCGGCUGUAGUCAACAACUCUAGUGAUAACGAAUAUCAAAGACCGAGAGAGGAUUCUCUUACAGAUCCUCAUGCUGUGCCAUUGGUGUUGACCUCAUCAAAUCCCUCAUACUGUCCACCACCUCAGGCUCCUCCACAAUUACAGCAGCAACCAAUUAGUCAACCCCGUUUACCCAGACAAUUUGAUUUGGCAAGUCCCGCCGACAGCACACCUACUAGUCCCAGCAUAUACACUAUGCCACAAACCGAUUGUACAGAUGAUGAUUUGGACUCCGACUGCAAUUUGUUGGAAUACCAUGCAGUCAGUCGGGUGAUGGGAAAACCUCAAAGUCAAACAGCUGUAACUGUGGGUCGUCGCACGGGUCAUGUUAGUGACGAUGAGUUGUAUGGCAAAAAUUCAAAGGCAGCUAAAAAUCUUUUGAGUACGAUGAAGAGCAUUGGAAAUCCCAAUGGUAUGACUAAAUCAAAGGCUCCCAUGCUAAAGCGUUCAGAAGCAAUGACUUCACCAAAAACUUGCCUCUCCCCAGAUGGUCGCUCCUAUCAGGCACCCAUUGUGGAGCCGUUGUUCCCAGAAAUAAAUAAAUUUGAGGCUAAUCGUCAGCCAAUUUUCAGUCCUGAAUCCAAAAAACAAACAACUGCUCCCACAUACCCUCAACCAGCACCGCGCAAACAAUUGGGUAUGUAUAAGAGUAUGGAGAAUCUAAAUAGAAAUACGAACAAAAAUCAGAACAACUUUAUGGCCACAACUGCUACACAACAGCCCUCGCCUAGGCCUUAUGUGAGAGAAACACAACAGCCCUCACCUAAGCCUUAUGUAAGUGAAACACAAACCUCUUAUGUUGUUACUUACCCCGUUGAGGACACCACAGACGAUGAAGAAUUCAGUCGGAUGAGCCACAAAAAGGUGUUGCCACCCAGUAGUUUGGAUUUAAGAAGACAACGCAAUGUAUCGGAAAAUUCAACUGGUAGUUCAACUACAGCUUCCAUGUCAUUUAGUCAAAAUUUACCAUCUCCUAAUACUAGUUGGACUUCGAAUCCCAUUGUGGUAGAUGAAUCAAGUAAUUAUCAAAGUAUGCCGACACCUUAUCAAAAUCCACACAAACAUUUGCCACCAUCACCGGCAGAGCCAACAUAUCAAGCUCUUAGUAGUCAAGUCGUAACAAGUUAUACAAAUGUCAAUCAGAAUGCUAAUUAUAACCCACCACCUUCGGAUUACGCAAAGACUGCUGCUCAAUAUGAAGCACCUCCCCAAAGACAAAUGCCGGUAAUGCCAGCUCAACAGCAGGCCUCAAUGCCAAAUUAUGGAGCCCCAGCUGCCACACAGCUGCCUACAAGUCCUCCAAUGCCUACCACAAAAUCAUCGUAUGAAGCUAAAUCUCAAAGACAAUUGCAACUACAGCAACAACAUCAACAACAGCAACAAUACCAAAACAAUACAAAUCAGAAGCAAUCAGCCACAAAACCAUCAUAUGGAGCACAAACGCAACAACCAACCCAACACCCAGCUACUGAAAGAAUUCAAAAACCUCCAAUAACACAAAAACCAACAGAUUAUCCAAAACAUAACACGAAAACCACAACAAAAACCGCAACUUCAAGUUCAACCUCAACAACGCAAGAGAAAAGAUCUUUGGCCAGCAUGCGUAAGACAGUAAGUGAAGAUCAUCACAGUAUACAUAAAGAUCAAACUAUUAUAAAUCCACAACAUUCAAAUAUAUCUCAAGAAAUGCUCACACGUUUAGAUCAACAGCGCGAACGUAUAUCGAAUGAUAUACGACGCAAGAGUUUGGGAAAUGCUCUGGACUAUCAAAUGGAGAAACAAGCACGAUAUGAGACCCAAAACAGUCAAGAGUACAAAUCCUCUGCUCCUGCAGACACACCCGAUAUUGUGAAAUCUUCCCUACCCAAAGAUGAAAACCAGCCAAUACUUAAAAAGUUUGGACCACCUCAAAGACAUCACUAUAUGCCCAAUGCUUAUCAGAGUCCAAGUGCAAAUACUACAACAUCUUCAACCGUUGUAUCUACCGCCACACACUCCACAAAGAUACAAGGCAAAGAUGGACACUCGAUGACCAAUCAAACUGUGGUCAAAAGUCAACAGAUUGUAAAUCACAACAAACCCACCGUUAUGGAAACACCCGCCACACCUCAACCCGAUGAUGAUUAUAUACCUAGAAAUAUUGUCUUUAAUAAUGUACAUGCCUUCACAUCAAUGAACCGACGUCAAGAAGAUGAAAGUAUAACCAUGGGUCAAGAACAACAUCAUGCCAUUAGACCGAAUAAAUUGAGUAAAUCUGAUUCUUGGAAUCAAAUCGUAAUGCUACAAAACCAACAUGUACCCACCAAUACAACGAAAUUCAAUCAAAGUCCCACCAAUGAAUUGAGGCGCACCAAAUCAGGUCAUACAUUGGCUUUACCCAAAAUGUAUGAAGCUGCCAUGACUAAAACCGAUAUCAGUGAAAAACAAAAGACCGUGGCUGCCUAUUUCUCGGGACAAAAAUCUCCUACACAACAGGAAACGCUAGUAGAACAACAGACCACUAAACGUUCGGUAAUUAAUCGCACUAAAACCAGUGAAAAAGUAUCGGCUGCCAGUCGUAAAUCAUUAGGUACAAAUCUACCCAUAGCACCGGGUGGUCUGCAACGCAGUGCAACUAUGCCGCACAUAGCUAAUCUAAAUCUGUUGGAUGAAAGCAAUGUGGAGGAUGCUUUCGAACAAUUGAUGAUGGGUUCGUAAAAACGCUAAGAAUAUAAAUGUAAAUGUAAAUAGAAAAAAGAAGAAGGCAACUCUUUAAAUCUAAAAGCCGGCUUUAAAACUAAACUCUAUAAACAACAACAGCAGCAGCCAUUCCACAGCGUUUAUUUUAAAAAUGAAAUCAACAUAAAACUCAGUUACUCUAACAACUCUUCUUAAGGUCCAUCAUCAUAAUGCUCUAUUUUUUGAUUUUUAUCCUUCUAAAAAUCCUGUAUAGUUAGUUAUAGUUUUUAUACAUUUUUUUUAUUAUUUAAACAAAACGAUUUUACUUUUUGCGCGUGCGACUUAUUACAAGACUAAAAAGAAAUUUAACGACUAAAUUUUAAAACCAAACCCGCCUAUAAACGGAAGUUGAGGGACUUCAUGUUGUUGUUUUUUUUAAGUUUUAAAAACUAUUGUUGUGGCCUUAAUUUAAAUUUACUUAAAAAAUCAAGAAAAUAAUUUUGAAAAAAAAUUGAGCACAAUAUGACGCGACAACGUCAAGCAACUUGCAAUAAGUUUGACCAACCUCUCCCCUACUCACUUAAUCACUCACUACGUGAUCAACAAGAUUUUAUUAUUUAUAUGGACUCUAUAUCUAUAUCAACAACAUUUACUGCAAGACGACAAAAAAAUAAAAAAGUAACAUGAGCAACAUUAUAUCUAUCGCUGGCACUGUCGUCGUCGAGUCUGUCUAUGUGUGCGUGCGUGCAUUUUGAAAACGUUUCAGCAUAAAACAAAUGCAACUCUGUGUAGAAAUAUUACCAACUGUAUACAAAAAUACAAACAACAAAUGCAACACUGUUUUUAUAACUAUUAAUU